AUGUCAGCCCAGAACCAGACUAUUGACCAAGUUCUUGACGCGAUCCCACUUCGUUACCGGGGACCCGGUGGUGCGGCAGUAGUCGUCAAGAAUGGCGAGGUCAUCCGCCAACGAGUCUGGGGAUAUGCCGAUCAAUCUCGUCGCAUCCCCGUCGAUCCCUCCACACAAUUCCCGAUAUGCUCCAUCACCAAGCAAUUCGUAUGUGGGUUGAUGAUGGAUCUUCACCGAGAUCCCACCUCCGCGAUGGCUGCCAAGGGCGACGUGCGGAGUCAGUUCGUGGAGAAGCUCCAUGAGUUGCUCCCCAUGGCUCGAGAGAAGGGGUUGACGCUCCAGAAUCUGUGUGAUAUGCAGUCCGGUAUUCGUGAUUACUGGGCCAUGACCACUCUCUGGGGUGCGAAACCAGAUGACGAGUUUUUGAUCGAUCGAGAUUGUCCUCCGAUGCUGGACAGGACCAUGUCGCUUCACUUCGAGCCAGGGACGGAGUAUUCAUAUUCCAAUGUGAAUUUCUAUCUACUGGGACGAAUCAUCGAGCGUGUCACUGGGGAACCACUUGGGAAGCUUCUCGAAGAGAGAAUCCUGAAGCCGGCGGGGAUGACAACUGCACUGCUCUGUCCGAAUACCGCGCACCACCCACCUCCCUGCGUCGGUUACGAAGGGGACGAAAACCACGGAUUCACCGAGGCUAUCAAUCGGAUGGAAUGGUCGGGCGAUGCUGGACUGGUCGCUUCACUCAAUGAUAUGAUCGCCUAUGAGAAGUACCUCGACCGACUAUAUGCUGACCCGCAGAGCUGGUACUAUACUGCGACCAGGCCACAAACUUUUACUGAUGGUGCGACGGCGAGAUAUCACUACGGUUUGGGCCAUGUGGAUGUCAAUGGUAUCGACUCAAUCGGUCACGGUGGAGCGCUGAGGGGAUAUCGAUUGCAUCGAAGACAUGUGCCUGAGGAGCAUCUGUCUGUAGUGGUUCUAUUCAACCACGAAGCCGAUGCAUCAGCGGCGGUUAACGAUAUCAUUCAAGGCGUAUUGAAUCGACCUACCCCCGAGACCGCGCCAGUAGAGCCUGCCGCCGAAUGGUAUGGUGUUUUCCUCGACCAGGCCACUCAGCUAGCCAUCACUAUCGCCAAUAGCGCGCGAGCAGGAGAAGUCUUAAUUACAUACGGUGCUCACUUGGAGUCUACACCGCUCAAGUUGACUGAUGCAAAGAAUGGUAAAGCACGCUCAAUGACCGGGUCUAUCGAUGGUGAUAUCCUACGCAUCCAUCGCGUAUCGGAGAACAGAAAGCUCGAAGCUCGGCGCCUGACUCCACGUGAGACCAGUCUCAAGGAAUCAGCGUUGCCGGGCGAAUACUACUGUGCUGAAGUGGACUCCACUUUCCACUGCACUGGAGGAGCAGGGUUGUUGUAUGGAUGCUUUGACGGAUAUCUCGGGCAAGGUAUCGUGACCCCCAUGCGUUAUCUGGGUGAUGAUGUCUGGGCUUUGAGUUGCCCGCGUGGAUUGGAUGCGCCGGCACCCGGAGACUGGACGGUGGUUAUCCACCGCGAUGAGAGUGGCUCAGUUGUAGGCUUUAAGAUUGGUUGUUGGCUAGCCAGGGGUCUGGAUUUUGUCAAGAAGCAGUAG